GAGAGGCCCGGAAAUGCUCGUCAACCAGGGGUAUGGGAAGGAUUAUGGGCAGAACCUCAGACUGGCCAAGCAAUGCACGCCGGAAGAGGGCGGGCCUGAAAUGGCGGCCUCCACCGGAGCCAGGAAGAUCCUCUCAUGUCCGCGAACGGAGCGGUUUGGCGGCGCGUGCGGAAUCGCUUCCGCGCUUUCCCGGAGCGCCUGGCGGCCCCGGGUGCGGAAUCGCUUCCGCGCUUUCCCGGAGCGCCUGGCGGCCGGCGGCCAGGCGGCCGCCUGAGCAAAGACCUUUGCGCACGAGAGUUCGAGGCCCUGCGGAGCUGCUUCGUCGCUGCGGCUAAGAAGAGCCUGAAGGGAGGCUCCUAGGGAGGACCUUGAGCUGUGGCUCCUGCAUCCACCACUGCUGUGGAUUUAGGCACUGCAUGUGGAUGGUGCCCUGUACCGCUCUACAGGCAGAAGGAAGUGGGAGCAGCCAAGUUCUCAGUGUUGCAGUAUGUUUUCAUCAGGCUGGCUUGUGCAAGACAAGAAUUUGAUUUCCAGCACUGUGUGCAGUAGGGUCUGAGUUAGAUUAAGAUGUAACCAAACCAGGAAUAAAGACUGUUACAUCAUGCAUGGUUUUGUGUUUAUCAUACACUGGCUGUGUUGUGGGGGCCUGAUCUCUCCCAGGGACAAUGGGUCCUAGCUCCCCCCACCCCCAAAAAACUGGUGGGUCUAGGCUGUAAACUCUGCCACAUUGUCCCCACUUAAAGACAUUCUUACCAAAAAUAUUUAACUUA